CCAAACUGUCGUCGUAAAAUCACAGCUUGUUCAGCAUCGCCACAACAACACUGUUUUGCAGAAAAGGGGAUUUUGACGUCUGAUUUGGAACACAUUAACAGAUUUUCAAGACGAUUUAAGGAAAAACUUUAACUAGGUGACUCAGGAACAUUUCAUGUCCUCUUGGUACGCUGGAAUUUUCGGACACCCACUCAGACAUGUCCUAUGUCUUCAUCAAUGACUCGUCUCAGACCUCCGUUCCCCUGCUCCAGGCCUGCAUCGACGGGGACCUGCUUUUCACCAAGCGGCUCCUGGAGACGGGCUGUGACCCCAACACACGGGACAACCGGGGCCGUACUGGCCUGCACCUAGCGGCCGCCAGGGGGAACGUGGACAUCUGUUGUUUCCUCCAUAAGUUUGGGGCGGACCUCCUGGCUACAGACUACCAGGGAAACACGGCGCUACACCUCUGUGGACACGUGGAUACCAUCCAGUUCCUGGUGUCCAACGGUCUCAAGAUAGACAUCUGUAACCACAACGGGUCCACUCCUCUGGUGCUGGCCAAGAGGCGCGGGGUGAACAAGGACGCUAUCCGCCUGCUGGAGGGCCUAGAGGAACAGGAGCUGAAAGGAUUCAACAGGGGAGCCCACACCAAACUGGAGACCAUGCAAAUGGCUGAGAGCGAGAGUGCAAUGGAGAGCCACUCCCUGCUGAACCCCAACCUCCAGAACAGGGAGGGAGUCCUGUCCAGCUUCAGGACCACCUGGCAGGAGUUUGUUGAGGACCUGGGCUUCUGGAGGGUGCUGCUACUGCUGGUGGUCAUCGCCUUGCUCUCUCUGGGCAUCGCUUACUACGUCAGCGGGGUGCUGCCCUUCUCCGCCAGCCAGCUUGAGCUGGUACACUGAGGGUGGAUGGACAGAGGGUGAAAGUUGGCUUGGGCUACAUUCUGGUUAUCCACCCUUGUCCAGAAGUGUGCACUUGCA